AUGAUUUCGUUUCUGGCCGACGGGUUGCUCAACAACGCCACCUGUAUGAUUUUCAUGGCCGUCCUCGCGGGUUUCUACUAUUAUUCGACUUGGACGUACGGUAAAUGGCGGAAAUUGAACAUCCCGUUCGUACCGCCGGUGCCACUGUUCGGCAACACGUUCAGAAUGAUGUUGAACCUCGAACAUCCUACCGACACUUUCGAAAGGCUUUACUAUCGGUUUCCGGACGUCAAACUGUUCGGUUUCUACCAGAUGAGGGUGCCUAUGCUGUUGGUCCGCGACCCGGAGCUCAUUCACACGAUACUGGUCAAGGAAUUCUCGCACUUCACCGACCACGGUUUCGUCUUGGAACCGAGCACGUCUGUGGUGGCCAACAGCCUGUUCUUCGCCAACGGCCGGAAAUGGAAGACCUUGCGCCGGAAGCUGAGCCCGGGCUUCACGUCCGGCAAGUUGAAGGACGCGUACGGCCAAAUCGAAGAGUGCGGCGACGAGAUGGUCAACAGCAUCGUGAAAACCCUCGGGAAAACCGACCGACUCGACGUGAAAACCAUUACUGCUUGUUUUUCCACCGACGUGAUCGGCACGUGCGCGUUCGGCAUGAAGCUGGACACGAUUAAGAACGACGAUUCGGACUUCCGACGGUACGUCAAGAUACUUUUCAAGACCACUUGGAGACAGGUGGUCGUGAUGUUGCUGACAAUGAUUUGCCCCCGGGUGAUCAGGCUAUUGAAAAUACCGAUGUUUUCGCCCGAGGCCACCAAUUUUUUCUCUAAGGUGUUCGCCGACGUUAUCAAGUAUCGAGAAGAUCACGACGUGGUCCGGAACGAUAUUACUCAGACCCUGAUUCAGGCGCGUAAAGAAUUGGUGUUGCAGGAAAUCUCCACCACCGAAGAUAAAUUUACCGACGGCGAUAUCAUUGGUAACGCUAUUCUCUUGUUCACCGCCGGCUCGGAAACCGUGUCGUCUAUGCUGUCUUUUUGCCUGUACGAAUUAGCCCUGAACACAGAAAUCCAAAACAAAUUACGUUCGGAGGUAUGUUCGACGAAAUCAAAACACGGUGGACAGCUAAACAACGACUAUUUGGUGGACCUUCGUUACACCGAUAUGGUGUUGGAAGAGACGGCUCGCAAGUACUCCAUUGCAUUUAGCAUCAUGAGAGUGGCAACAAAAACGUACACUCUACCCGACGAAUCGUUUGUCAUUGAAAAAGGUCAAAAACUCAUCAUACCGAUGUUCAGCAUACACCGUGACCCAAAAUAUUAUCCCGAUCCGUUGAGAUUUGAUCCCGAAAGAUUUUCCAGGGAACAAAAAUCUCAAAGACCUAACGGAACUUACAUGCCUUUUGGCGUAGGACCUCGAGUGUGCAUAGGUAAACGAUUUGCAGAAUCAGAAAUGAAAUUGGUCCUGUCAAAUGUACUGUCGAAAUUUGAAGUACUUCCGUGUGAACAAACUGAAAUUCCGAUAAACAUAAAAUGUGGACCAGGAUUAAUUUCACCAAAAAAUGGAGUCGUGCUAAAAUUUAGACCAAUCGUUAAGCAUUAA